GCUAUGGAGGUUUGAAACCAUAAAUAUGGUGAGUGUAUCACGAGAAAAACUAUGGAUUUUUUUUCGGCCAAAAGUGAAAGUGAGGAAUAAUGGAUAUGAAUGGAACCCCCUUUCUUUCAUAAAAUAAAUCGCAAUAAAUGAAUCCAAUUUUAAAAUAUUAACCAAUGGCAAGAAAUUACGUCAUGGAUGAUAUCACUAAUUUAGAAAACUCCAACAAAGAACAGAAAUUUACUGUGAAGACGAAAUCGAAAAUUGAACGCAUUGAAGAAAAUAGAAAGACUGAUUCUCAAACCUCUGUUUGCCUAGCAUUAGUAAAAUGGAUUGUAACAAUACUUAUGUUUCUAAUGACACUGUCUUGCCUAGUUGCAAGUAAAAUGUCAAUUAUAUCAAUAGCGAUAAGAUUACGCCCUGCAAGUUUUAAUAAGACCACCUCUACAAAUUGUUUGCCAAAUAAUAAUUGUGAAGCAGAAACAGCUUUUGUAAUGAUUACUUUACUGAUAACCAUACCGCAGGUGAUUUCCUUACUGAGAGCAAUACGAAAUUCGGCAUUCUCUAAAACAGAAUUAUGGCCAUCUAAAUUUUCAAUUUUCAUGGGUAUCAUUGGUGCAGUUUUGGAGACUUUUGGACUUUGUUUCUUUACUCUUGUUUUGAUAUCUACUACUGAUAAUUUUGCAAGAGCAGUUUUGUUCAUGAAUGGAAUUUUUGUUUUCCCCAUAUUACUGCAAAUCAUCACAGAAUGUCGGAAGAUAUUGCGUUCACAAGAGACUGUUAGUAUUGAUGAUACUUCAUACGUGGCAUAUGAAAGUGAAAACCAGCUCAGAAGAUCACAAGAACAACCUCACCAUUGGAGAACAUUUUUUUUGUUUCUUUUAUCAGCACUUUCUGCCAUAUCUGGCUUUGUCUUCAUAAUGUUUCAAGCACAGGAAGCUAUUGAUCGAAUCAUAUUUCCUGUCUCUAUGAUAUGUUUAUCCAUUGCUUGGUCGCCAAAGUUAUUUAAAAAACAAAUUCAACCCAGUGCUGCUAAUAUGUUAGAAGAAAAUGGGAUGGCAGCUCCUUCAAGAAAUAUGCAUGUGAACUCAGCUCGUCAUCGUAUGAUGUUGAUAUCUUGUUCUGUGAAAAUAAUUUUAACAUUCUUAAUAGCAUUUCUGUUGAAUUACGUGUUCAAUGUAACAACAAUAAGAAACCCUGGAGACAGUUUUGCAAAUGGCUUCAAAUACUUCACAAAAAAUAAGGCCUUAAUGAACACUUUUUUCGUUCAGCUAAGCUCUAGUUUUUUGGGUUAUUUGCUAGCAUGGUUAGCAUGCACAAUGAAUUUGCAAAAAGUAUGCUUUGUUUUACCAUUAUUAUUGGCAACACCAGUAUCGGUCGCACUCUCAAUAUUUCCUGUUGCUUGUCACGACCUUAUUGGAUAUAAUUGUGAACGUGUUCAUGAUAACAAUAAAGUAUGGGAAACCAUUGUUAUUGGUGUUUUGUUUUGGUUAUCUCAAGUGUUGUCUUUGAAUUUUUACUUCUUUAAAUCUCAACAAUUUCUAAUGGCUAGAGAAGAGAUUUUGUUCUGGCUACCAACAUAUGAUGGCUGUUUGCUGGAACAACAUCUUUUGUUAAAUCGAAAAAAUGAAGUGACGGAUGAACGUUAUAUCAACUAUCAUGAAAUCGUAAAAGAAAGUCAUAUCUACAUUUGUACCACCAUGUACCAUGAAGCUGACUUUGAAAUGGAGCAGCUGUUGCAAUCAUUAGCCAAAGUUGACCAAGCUCGGAAGGAAUGUGGAAGGCAGUUCGAAGCACAUGUCUGGCUGGAUGAUGGUGCAAGAGGAGAAGUUGUGAAAUGGUAUGCACUUCAACUAUUGUCUUUAGUAAAGGACAUAAUGGAUAUAGAUCCUGGAAAGGCUUUUAAACUAGAAACUCCUUAUGGCAUGCAGUUGAAAUGGCUGUUACCACAUGGAAUGCCAUUUAUUAUUCAUUUAAAAGAUAAAGUCAAGGUCAAAGCAAAGAAACGGUGGAGUCAAGUUAUGUAUAUGUCGUAUAUUUUGGAUUUCAAACAAGUUAAAGAACGAGAUGACCUAACAUACAUUUUGGCGACAGAUGCUGACGUACAAUUUACCCCUAAUGAUGUUAUGGCAUUGAUGGAUUUCAUGAGUAGAAACCCAAAAGUUGGAGCAGUAUGUGGUCGAACACACCCUAUGGGCAGUGGACCAAUGGUUUGGUACCAAAUAUUUGAUUAUGCUAUCGGUCACUGGUUAUUGAAGGUUGCCAAUCACGUGUUUGGAUCUGUUUUAUGCUCACCAGGAUGUUUUAGUGUGUACAGAGCGAAGGCAAUUAGAGAUGUGUUGCCUUUAUAUGCUAGUGGUGUAGAUUGUGCCAUGGAUUUCUUAAUGAAAGAUAUGGGCGAAGAUCGCUGGUUUUGCACCCUGCUCGUUGAAGCUGGUUGGAAGCUUGAAUAUUGUGCAACUGCUGUGGACAGCACCUAUUGUCCAGAUAAUUUUGAUGAAUUUUUUAAACAGAGAAGAAGAUGGGGACCGUCAACACUUGCCAACUCCAUUGUAGUUUUAGAUAAACACAAAACAAUUCGUGAAAACAAUGAUGCUAUUUCUAUAUUUUUUAUCAUCUACCAAGCAGUAUUGAUGAUUUCUACUAUCAUCGGCCCUUCAACAGUAUUAUUGGUCAUAGCUGGAGGGUUGCAGUAUGCAUUUCCAUAUACAGUCAAUUUGGUCGUUGUCUUAAUUUUGCUAAUUCUUACAACACUAAUAUUUACAUUGAUUUGUCUUUACUGUAAGCCUGACACACAGUUAAAAGCAGCAAAAAUUUUGACGUUUGGUUUUGCCAUCAUUAUGUCCAUUACAAUUGUUGGUAUCAUUCUGCAGACGGUGGAUGACAUUCACAACUAUGUUUCGCCACCAACGUUAGCACCACCUACCACACCACGCUGGAACAGAUCAGCCCCAACAUUAACGCCUGGCACAACAUUGCCCACACACUAUGUAAGAGUACCAUACAUCUUUACACCAGCCACUUGGUACCUGUUAACAAUAAUAGGGAUUUUCAUAGUGACUGCUUUUCUUCAUGGACUCGAAGGACUUUAUUUGAUACAUGGAAUUUGGUAUUUGCUUUGUUUACCAUCUGGCUACUUGCUUUUGACCAUUUAUUCAGUUGCAAAUCUUACUGAUAGAAGUUGGGGGACUCGAGAAGGCAAAACACAAAGCCAGGACGCAGACAUGCCGUUCACUGAAAAGCUUUUAAAAUAUUUAAAAUAUUUCUGUUGGUGUUGUAUACCUCCUCAUAUGCGAGAGAAAAAAGUUGACGAUGAUGAUAAAAAGAAUGAAGAAGAAGAGGAAAAGCAUUUUGUGAUAAAUAGAGAUGAUGAAAAUGAACAAGCCCAAGGAGAAAGAGAGGAUGAAGAAAAUGAAGAAGAUAAAGUAGAUGGGCAGCCUAUCAUUACAUUUGAUGCUCCUGACGACGAAGUGAAGAAAGAACCAGUUGCUAAGGCGAAGUCCUACCCAAUCAAAUCAGCGUUGAAAAAAGGUGGUCACGGAAUAAAAAAGUACCCCAGUGCUUCUGAUUUGCUGAAAAAGGGAGACCACGGUAGUUUUCGUUUUCCUGGACAAGAUAAGAUGGUAACGUUUGCACCUCAUCAACCUCGUCUUCAUGCUGCAAGCACUGUGGAGGAGUGGUUAAGACUAAAUGCACCUCGAGAAUAUCAGUGCUAUGUUGAAAACUUCAAAAAUGCUGGCUAUGACAACGUCGCAUUUAUUGCAGGAGCUUUGAAAGAAAAGGACUUGAUAAAUAUUGGUAUUGAGAAUCGUGGCCAUCGAAAGAGGUUAAUGAUACUAAUUGAAAGUUUGCCACCAGAAGAGUUGUUUCAAGAAGUUCCGGAAAAUGUUGAGGAGUGGCUUAUGAAGUUAGGGUUGGAGGAAUAUUGGCCAAAGUUUCUUGCAAACUCAUACACCGAACCACGUGAUUUAGCGGAUAUUAAGUAUAUGACACGCGACACGAUUUCAGCUUUGUUUGACAUCAACAAAGAAGCACACAUCAAGAAACUGCUGAUGGCUACCUCGGUGUUGCAGUAUCCAACUAAAGCUCAAACUCGUAUCAGAGAAGCUCGAAAAGCCAUAAUGGCGGAUCCACCAAAACAACUACAAACCGACAAUGCUGACGAUGGGGAAGAAUUCGAAUUUUGGGAAGAGCUUCGUCAAAUCUGUUUGUUACCGGAACAAGCUGCUUUCAACCAGAGUGGGGAGCUUGUUGAGAAGCUUGGUGAUCUUCGUGAUACUUGUUUAAUGGUGCUAACUGUUGCGAAUGUUUUGUGGCUCACUUUCAUGGUUACCAUUAUGGAACAGGGAGACAAACUAGCAGUUCUUGGAACCUCGUUUGCAAGUGUUGCUUUUCUAUUUGUUUACGGACUUGUGCUAGUUUUUCAAUUCAUUUCACUUUUAUGGCACAGGUUGGAGACAGCUGUACAUUUUAUAGCACGAGCACCAUUCAAGCCAGGCCACUUCAAGUCAAAUUGGUCGUGGAGAGAUGAUGACCUCCCCCCGCCACCCGAUCCAGAUGUAUUAGAUGAAAUACGAAGAAGAUUAAGAAAAAUUAGCAGCACCUCCAAUUUUUCAGAUGAUAGUCGAGCAAAUAUGGCUGAACCAUUAUUACGACCACGUGUUCAAACAUCAUAAACAGUUUCAUUUGUUUUUGUUUUUAUUUCUCUUAGUAAAUCUAUGCAAAAUCUUUUAAUAUUUGUGACAAAAAUUAUAUAUAAAAAAAAUAACAGCACAUGAAAUAGUUAGAAACGAAUAAAAUAUAAAAAAAUAUUUUUAGUGUAGAAUCAAUAUGUAACAGAUGAAAUUUGAAACAUAUGGUGUUGGAUGAUUUUCCUUCGAACAAAUUACGACUCGCUAUUUAUAUGCUUCGUCAAACUCGUUCUGAAAGAUCCUCGUGUGGUUUUACUUUUUCCUGAAAGUCAGCAAUGAUGAUGAAAUCCAUGCAUUAUAGUUUUGAUUGUAAUUCUGUGAAUACUAGUGUGUCAUGCUUUUGAGUUAGUUAGUGCAAAUUAGUGCAAAUUCUUAUUUGAGAAUUUCUUAAUUAAUUUCUAUAAGGUAAUUAAUAUUUUUAUACAAGGGGAUUUUUCUUAGUAUUGUAAUAUUUUUCUUGUGAAUCAAAUAUUUUUAUACAAUUUUAAAAUGUAAAAAUACUUUUUAAAUAAUUUUGUAGCAAAUUGCUUGUUAAUUAAGUUUCUUUCUGUUUGCGUGAAGGUUUUUAAUAGAGAAAAAAAGAUUCGUAAAAA